AAAGCGAUCGCCGCCGCCGCUCCCCGGUCCGCGCUAGGGGUCCGGCUCAGCCAUGUCCAAGCCUUCCAACCUAAACCGGCCAAGCCAGGACAGGUUAAAGUGUUCAGGGCCCUGUAUACGUUUGAGCCCAGAACGCCAGAUGAACUGUACUUUGAAGAAGGAGAUAUCAUUUACAUCUCAGACAUGAGUGAUACAAAUUGGUGGAAAGGAACUUGCAAGGGGAGAACUGGGCUAAUUCCAAGCAACUAUGUGGCAGAGCAAGCGGAGUCUAUUGAUAAUCCACUGCAUGAAGCUGCCAAACGAGGCAACCUAAGCUGGUUGAGAGAGUGUUUGGAUAAUCGAGUUGGUGUCAAUGGCUUAGACAAAGCUGGAAGCACAGCUCUGUACUGGGCAUGCCACGGAGGCCAUAAAGAUAUAGUAGAUGUUCUGUUUUCCCAGGCAAACCUAGAGUUAAACCAACAGAACAAAUUGGGAGACACAGCUUUGCAUGCUGCUGCAUGGAAAGGUUAUGCAGAUAUUGUAGAGAUGCUGCUGGCAAAGGGGGCAAGAACAGAUCUGAGGAACAAUGAGAAGAAACUGGCUUUAGAUAUGGCAACCAAUGCAGCUUGUGCUUCCUUACUUAAGAAGAAACAGAGUGCAGAUACAGUCCGAACACUGAGUAAUGCAGAGGAAUACCUUGAUGAUGAAGACUCUGAUUAACUUUUUUCAUUCAGCAUAAAGAACUAUAACUUGCGUUGCCUAUGUCAGUCUCAAAACAUAUCUUUGCAACUGUAAAAAUAUCUUAUUUUGAGUAUUGCAGUCUUCCAGUAUAGCAUAUAAAUGAGUGGGUGAAAUCAUGCUUUCCAAAGGAAUAAUCUUUCCCUAGGCCAGAAGAUGUCAUAUUUUGAAUCAGAGUUCCUUUGGAAGUAUCUCACAGAGGAAGUGUGGUGUACCAUUACUAUUGAAUGGGUGGAAGACCAUAUUCUAAACUCACAUGUUUCAUCUCAGGCCUUCCCAGCAAGUGCCUUGCAUCUCUGGAACGCGUUUCUCAAACUGAAAGGUCCUUCUGGGACAGCAAGACACCAUUGCUAACAUUUUCCAAAAUCUCCCUGGGCAUAGUUUCCUUUGUGCAGCUAAUACUGACAGAGUCAGUACUGGCUGACAGGCAUGAAUGGGCAUUCUGCUAUAGAGAGGGACCAUUAUUUGCCCACGUGGAGCCAGCAUGACAAAGUUUGAUUUUUAUUUUUGGUAAAAUUUUUUCCCUUCCUUCCUCUACCCCUCUGAGUAAAGUGCAAAAUGACCUAGGAUGAUCUGCCCCAGGAUACUUUGUCUUCUCUAUUGCUAUGGGCCCAAUCCCUGAAAUGUUAACUCAGGUGAAAUGCUUGCUUAAGUCAGGUUUGCUUGAGAAAUAUACUUAAUUCUGAAUUUGGUGGCUUGGUUAUUUUGCUUUUUGAAGUGCAUUAUGCUGAAACUAUUUGUAGUGAAAAGAAGACAGAAUAUUUUUCUAUUUAUCCUGCCUAAAAUUUUUAGUACCAAUCUCUUUCUUUUACUUUGUAAAAGUGCUCUUGUAUUUUGUCCUAAAUUACCUCAAAGUUGAAGAGUGUUUGAAGGAAUGAGGGAAGAUGUAUAUCAAAUAUACCACAGGUAUUUAGAAGAGAUACCUUAAGCUGAAUAAACAUUUUUAAAAUGCA